UUUUGCUGUGCGGUGCCAUAACAUCCAGCUGCUGGUGUCUAGUUGUCUACUUCCACUGUCACACAACUAGCUAGCACAUACUAACACAAUGGAUUUCAACGUGAAGAAAUUAGCCUGCGGUGCUGGAGUGUUUUUCACGCGAGCUGUCCAGUUCACAGAGGAGAAGUUGGGCCAGGCGGAGAAGACUGAGCUGGACGCUCACUUUGAAAACCUGAUGAGCCGCGCAGACUGCACCAAACUUUGGACUGAGAAAAUCUACAGACAGACUGAGGUCCUGCUGCAGCCCAACCCAAGUGCCAGGAUUGAAGAGUUUCUCUAUGAAAAGUUGGACAGGAAGGCACCAUCCAGAAUUACCAAUGCAGAGCUGCUGGGUCAAUACAUGCAGGAUGCAGCAAAGGAAUUUGGUCCUGGAACUCCAUAUGGGAGCACUUUAAUUGAAGUCGGGGAAUGUGAGAGAAGAAUAGGAACAGCAGAGAGGGAGUUCCUCCAGACGUCCGCCAUCAGCUUUCUUACCCCCCUCAGGAACUUUCUGGAAGGAGACUGGAGGACAAUUUCGAAAGAACGACGCCUUCUGGAGAAUCUCCGCUUGGACCUGGAUUCCUGUAAAACGCGUCUGAAGAAGGCCAAGGUGGCUGAGGCUAAGGCUGCGACGGCUCCAGAUUUUCAGGAGACCAGACCACGUAACUACGUGCUUUCUGCCAGUGCCUCUGCGCUCUGGAGUGAGGAAGUGGAAAAAGCUGAACAUGAACUCCGAGUGGCUCAAACAGAGUUUGACCGGCAAGCAGAGGUCACACGGCUGCUGUUGGAAGGCAUCAGUAGUACUCAUGUGAACCACUUGCGCUGUCUGCAUGAGUUUGUGGAGGCCCAAGCAGCUUAUUAUAAGCAGUGUCAUUUCCACAUGCAAGAACUCCAGAAAGAGCUGGGAAGGCUUCCCAACGCAUUUGCACUGAACUCCACUCAGUCUAUAGCUACGGCUGACUCUGCAUCAGAGGGCAUCAGCAGCCCUGUGGAGACAGACACACUGAAGAUUGAAGAAGUUCAGGCACCAGCUACAGGAACACGCAAGGCCAAAGUCCUUUAUGAUUAUGAUGCUGCUGACUCCAGUGAGCUCUCGCUUUUAGCUGAUGAGGUCAUUACAGUUUACACAGUGCCAGGAAUGGACUCUGACUGGCUGAUUGGAGAGAGAGGAAACCAGAAAGGAAAAGUGCCUGUCACAUACCUGGAGCUUCUCAGCUAAAGAACACACAGCAUUGACAAACACAUGUGCAUGUGCAUGUGUGUGAGUGAUUACUACUAAAGCCAUGAGGAUAUUUCAUUCACUUCAUUCAAUUUCACACUCCCACACCAACCUGUAACCUUCAGCAGCAGUCCUCCACAGUAAGCAUUAGCUAAAGUGUUAAGUUAAACAGGCUCACUCAUCUAUCUGUGUGCUUCCCCAAACACACUGAAAUAUAUAUUAACACUGACAGCAGUCAUAAUGGAGACAUUGUUACAAUGAGUGCAGAAAAAUCCCCAUGGGAGAUGGUUAACAUUCCUUUUUAUUAUGAUAAUGAUUUUUUCCCUUUUUAUUUCCCAUUUAUUGUUUGCAUCCUAAUAUUUCAGGUAGACUUUCCACACUGUCUUCAGAGGGAUUUUCAUCAAAAUUAUGUUGUUAAUUUGUCUUCAUUGUCUCUUAAAGCUGUUUCAUAGUUUGUCUUAAGAAGGCAGUAGUACAGAUAAAACAAACAUGCAAUAAUCAUGCCUCCCUGAGGUUAAAGGGGCGAUGACCAGUUACGUACAGUUUAUCUCUGUAUGACACACUCCUUAUUAAAGAAGAAGUGAAAACUAAUGUGGACAAGCAGACAACAGAUCAUUGUGAUAGACAGGUCAUGUUGUGUUGAUGCAUCAGAUUCCCUGUAAUUACCAGCCAUGGCUGAAGAAAACCAUUCACGCCACUUUGUUUUAUUUUAAAGCCAUAAAUCAAACUGAAAGUUGUGACCGCUUCCCAUUUUUGCUGCAGAAAUGUGUGUCGUGAACGCAAUAUCUCAAGAACACCUUGAGGGAAUUUCUUCAAAUUUGGUACAAACGUCCACUUGGACUCAAAUUUGAAGAAACUCCCUUGAACUGAUUAGAAUGUGGUGGUCAGGCCACUGUGACCUCACAAAACAUGGUUGUGGCCAUAGCUCAAGAAUUAAUGUAAUGAUGAAAAAAAUUUCACACAAAUGUCUAAUAGGAUAAAAUGGUGAAGUGAUGACAUUUUAUGUCAAAGGUCAACUUCACUGUGACAUCAUAAUGUUCUGCAAAACACUUUUCUGGCCAUUACUUAACAUCAUAUCUCAGGAACAGAAGGGGAGACAUUUGGUCAGAUACUGAAUUGGCGACUCUAAUCUUGGGUGUCCACCUUCUUGAAACUGUGCUGAUUGUAUAGAUCUUCUGUGCUGCUGGGUUGAAGAUGUGUAUGAAGCAUCUAAAGCAUCCAUAAUUUCACAGAAAUGGAUGUGAACUGUCAAUGCAACUUCACUAGUGUGUCGAGGCAUACAGCCAGGGUCAGAAAUUAGCACCAGCCACCAGCCAAGUGCUGGUCAAAUAUGCAAGUGGCUGCUAGAUUUGCUUUACCCACCAGCCAAAAAAAACAAUGGUAAUCUAUUGAGUGGCUGGUAGAUUUUUGGAAUCCACCAACCAAAGUGGCAGGUGGAAAAAAAGCCUUCUUUGCCUCUCCCAGCAAAGAUGAUGUCCCCUUGAACAAUAUGAACACCUGCACAACAAAUAAACAUGAACACCAUCCUAACUGCCUUAAGAUGAUGGGAAGGAACUGCUAAGGCCAUCUGCUGCAAACCAGAGAAUGCGCUCUUCACAACAAAAUGUCCAGUGACCUAAUGUACACCACAUACAGCAUGCAGGACUCCUUUUAAUCAUGUGUGUGUGUUUGUGUGAUUUUGGUUUGCCCUUAUGUGUUGUUUGAAUUUACAAAGGUCCCGUUUGUCGCUGUUUUUGUCUGUUAAUACUUCAGAGUGUCUUCAGUCUGGAGCUGCAUGUGCUACAGCUAGCAGCCUGUCCAUGUGCGUGUGUAUAAGAGUAUAAGAUAUAGCUAAGUCUGUUUGUGUGAGAACUGGAGCAUCAAAAUGUUUGCACAAGAAACUAAUGUGCUCUCUCACAUCCAUUAUGUGUACAUGCAUGCACUGUCAUUUUUUUUAACCCACCUCAGUUUUUGUGAAAUGAGUACAAUGUUUAAAAAUGCAACAAUCUGCUAGCAAAGGAGAAGUGAAAUUAACCUGAGACUCAAGCACAUAGUUUUCUUACGUCAGUGAGAGGCGAGAAUGUGGUCAAAUAAUUCUUGCUGGCAGAUGAAUGUAAUCCAAGUCAUGUUUCCUGAUCUCUAGUCUUGUGCUCAUUUCACAAAUUUGUUUUUUUUUUUCUUUUCAAUUUGUUUUGUUUUUUUUACUUAAACUGUUGUGUUAUACCUCAUCUUGUAUUAUUAUUGUUAUUAUUAUUAUUAUUAUAUAUUUUGUCAAAAUAUGUAUUGCCUGUUCCUUAACCAUGCUGAAUGAAUGAAAUGUAUGGGAUUAAUUUAAUAAUAAAAAGUCUGAUUUAUUUGAUUUCACUGACUUUUUCACAGUAGCUAUAUACACUUAUCCUAGGAAACCAUACUGAAUAUAACAAACCACCAUGGUCAAAAGGAAAAGUCGAUGCAGAAGUGCCUUAAGGUGCAGUUCCUCUAAAUGGCUGCUAAAUGCAACUACAAGGGGGGAAAAUGUUUUCCUCAAGAACAUCAUGGUUUCUAUUAUUCAAUAAUGUGUUGGU